UGGUGCCAAAGAAUUCUUUUUAAAGCAGGUUCCUUGCAAUUAAGUGAAAAAUAAUUCCUUAUGCGCAGUAUUAAAUUUGUCUAAAAUCAUUUAUUGUUUUAAAGCUGUAAUAAUCAAGUUUUUUUCUAUAUCGAAAUGGAUGUUCCAGCAGAUAAAAAUUGUGAAAUAGAUUCUUGCAAUGAUUCUGAUGAUGGAAGGAAAGACUCUGAGAACGCGAAAAUGAUACCAUUUGGAUGCAUGGGUGCUUUAUUUCGGCGUCAGUUUUUACAAGAGAUGGUAAAAAAUUUACCGGCACCGAUACAAAAUAGGGUAGUUGCACUUAAAAAUAUACAACUUGAACACCUUAAACUGGAAGCUGAGUUCUUUGAAGAAGUUUAUAAACUAGAACGAAAAUACCAGGAAAAGUAUCAGCCACUAUUUGACAAAAGGAAAGAUAUUGUUACAGGUCAAGUAGAGCCUUCAGAACAAAAUCCCCAAUGGAAAUCUGAUGAUUUGGAGGACUCUGAAACAUCACCUGAAUUUCAAGAUAUGAUUAAAAAAAUAAGGGAAAUACCCGAGGAUACAAAAGGAAUUCCAAACUUCUGGUAUACAAUAUUUCGUAAUACUGAGUUAUUGGGUGAUAUGGUACAAGAACACGAUGAACCCGUUCUAAAGAAACUAACGGAUAUCAAAAUUAAAUAUGAUGAUGAGCAUUCCUACACCUUGGAAUUUUAUUUUGAUAAAAAUGAGUACUUUUCAAAUGAAGUUCUUACCAAACAAUAUUUUUUAAAAGCUAUGGUCGAUGAAGACAAUCCAUUCGGUUUUGAAGGACCAGAAAUUUAUAAGUGCAAGGGUUGUAAUAUCAACUGGGAAAAGAAAAUGAAUCUUACCAUAAAAACAAUCAGAAAAAAACAAAAGCAUAAGGAGCGCGGAACAGUCCGUAAUAUAGUGAAACAAGUACCCAAUGACUCAUUUUUCAAUUUCUUCAACCCACCCGAUGUUCCAGAAGAUAAAGAUGAAAUGGAUGAAGAAACUCAAGGGAUUUUGGCAACAGACUUUGAAAUAGGCCACUUCUUAAGAGCUAGAAUUAUUCCAAAAGCAAUUCUUUAUUACACCGGAGAUAUUAUUGACGACGAAGAUGACGAUGACGGCGAGUAUGAUGAUGAUGGUGAAGAUGACGAUGAAGAUGAGUCGGAUGACGAAACGGUUGAAAAGGAAAAACGUAUAAAAUCAAUAGAUGAUUGUAAAAACCAAUAGCAUUACGUUGGCAUCUACUAACAUUAAAUUACUCAAAUUCGAAAUUUAUUUUUAGUAAGAAUUUUGUAAAUGAAGCUCUAAGCGCAGUUAUGAUUUAUAAAAGUUAUUUAGGCUAC